AAUGUUCAUCUCGAAUCGAAGCCCUCCGUUGAAAUCCGGGUGGCUAAUUUGAUGGUUUGAGUGUCGGAGUUCGAUUCGAUUUGGUUCAAGAAUCCUUCUCUGGAUCCAGUCCGGCCGGAAACCUGCUUGUUCACUUCCCGUCGGUUCUUGGCGGCUCCGAUUGCUACUCUACUCCGACUGCGACACAGCCAUGGCAGGUAGGUAGAGUCAGCUACAGAUCCCGGCCAUGAUCCAUCGACGCAGACACGCAGUUAUAUACUGCAGGCAGGUAGGUAGUCUAGUCACGAGGCAGAGAAAAGCAGAGGGGCAGGCAUCGUCUCGCUCUCGCCGCCGAGCAACGACAAGGUUUCGAGCGAUUCUUUUCGGCGUCCGGCGUCCGUCAUGGCCCUCCGGCUCGCCCAAUCCAAGGUCUUCUACUCUACUUCUUCCUUUCCCCGGUGUGACCCUGUUUCUGAAACUGCAACUGCGAGCGACGUUUUAGACUGAUGGCACUAGUUUACGGGUUGCCAUUUCAGGACCAUGUCGGCUCCCGGAGCUGUUGAAUUCAACGUUUGCUUUGCUGAAUGCUGCUUAACCCUCGUUGGUUUUUGUGUCACAGGCUGCAAUGCAUCUGGCAAGGCGUGGGCUGGCGCGUGUGAUUUGCAACGCGCCGGCUUCUUUCAGGGCAAAUGCAGCUACCGGCGCAGGUAGCAUUGUUCGUCGCCUGCACUCUGGUGCUGCUUCUCGUCUCAGAGACCUCAACAGAAUGGGCCUGCAUUCUGGUGCCGCUUCUUGUCUCACACACCUGAACAGAAGGGGCCUGCACUCUGGCGCUGCUUCUCGUCUCACAGACCUCAACAGCAGUGAUUUAGAAAGAGUUAUAUACAACUUCGAAAGCCAGCCUUCGCUCUAUUCCAAACCUUCAGCUCUCUCAGAGUAUGUAAAGGCCCUCGUCAGCCUCGAGAUGCAAACUCAAGGGGUGGAGGGUAGCCAGCUCCUGUCGAAGGAUGGUGCUCUGGGCACAGCUACUGCACCGCUCCACAUGGUUACGAUGGAGAAGGGCAAGAUAUGGAAACUGCUCUGGCCCACCUUCGGGACCAUCGUUGCUGCCGGUCUAGCUACUGGCCUUGCGACCUAUGGCGGUAAGGCUCUUGGUGACAAGGUGUCUGAGAAGGUAACUGAGGCUGCUGAUCAGGGCCUUGUAGUCUUUGCCGGCAAGAUUCCGUCUGAGCUCUUGGGCGAACUGGAAGACGAGUACAGUGGUGUCGAAGAAGCAGGUGGUAAGUUCAGUGGUCAGAAAACAAAAGCUGGUAAUUUUGGCAGUUUGAAAGAGGUAACCUCGACCACCACGAAAUUCCGUGAUGUAAAGGGGGCUGACGAAGCCAAAGCUGACCUCGAGGACAUUGCUCACUACCUACGAGAUCCCAAGCGUUUCACGCGCCUUGGUGCCAAGCUUCCAAAGGGUGUUCUGCUCGUGGGCCCACCUGGCACAGGGAAGACCAUGUUAGCGAGGGCGUUGGCCGGGGAAACCGGCGUCCCGUUCUUCGCGUGCAGCGGCAGCGAGUUCGAGGACAAGUAUUAUGGUGUUGCCUCUAAAAGAGUGCGGGAGCUCUUCAGUGAAGCAAAGAAGCGCGCCCCUUCCAUAAUAUUCAUCGACGAAAUCGAUGCCAUUGCUGGUCCUAGAAAUACAGAAGAUCCAAUGUGGAUGAGGCAUACCCUGAACCAGUUGCUUUCUGAGAUGGAUGGCUUCAAGCAGAAUGAUGGGGUCAUUGUGAUCGCCGCGACCAACUUCAAGGAGUCGCUAGAUAAAGCCCUCGUCAGGCCUGGGCGUUUUGACCGUCAUGUCCUGGUUCCUCUUCCAGAUGUCGAGGGCCGACGGCAGAUCCUCGAGUCUUAUAUCUCAAAGGUGAAAGCCAAGGGUGUGGAUGUGUUGACAAUCGCUACGGGGACACCUGGGCUCUCAGGUGCAGACCUUGCAAACCUGGUGAAUGAGGCCGCCCUCACCGCUGCCAAGGACGGGGCGAAAGCUGUUACGAUGCAUCACCUAGAGUAUGCCAAGGACAGGAUCAUGAUGGGAAGCGAGCGCAAGUCAGCGGUGAUACCUGAUCAUUCCAGGAAGAUGACCGCGUACCAUGAGGGAGGGCACGCUCUUGUUGCUAUCUUCACGGACGGUGCUGACGCUGUCGACAAGGCCACCAUUGUUCCAAGGGUGGGUGCUCUUGGCAUGGUGAUGCAGCUGCCGGGGGAAGAUGCCGAGUUUGAACUCUCGAGGAAGCAGAUGCUGGCGACUCUGGAUGUCAUGAUGGGCGGGCUGGUGGCCGAGGAGCUUAUAGCCGGAGAAGGCGGGGUCACCACUGGUCCCUCAACUGAUCUAAGCGAGGCGACUCAGCUGGCGACCGACAUGGUCACCAAGUAUGGCAUGGGCAAGCGGGUGGGCUUUGUUACCUAUAGCAAUGGCGGUGAUGCUAGCAGUGGCAAGGCGACCAACAUGAGCGAGCGGAUGUCAGAACUGGUUGACGAGGAGGUGAAAGAUUUACUGGACAACGCUUACAAGAACGCCAAAGCGAUUCUCACGGAUCGUAGGAAGGAGCUUGAUGCGCUAGCCAAUGCCCUCCUGAAGGAUGAGACUCUCACUGGUGACCAGAUCAAGAAACUAGUAACAGGAGGUGGAAGUAAAUGGUUUUGACAAUAGUCCUCUGACAGCUAAGAGAUUGAACAGACAGUUUGGUCAUGUCUCUUCUUCUUUUUGGUUCAUUAUUAUAGCUGCAUACACACAAGUGUAAAGCAGAUGUACGAGCAGAAUUUAAUUGGCCUUUCCUAGAAUACUCUGAAUUUUGUUUCUUUAUAAGUAAAUACUUGUGCUAUGGAACUUAAACAUGAACUGAAUAGAGUUUCUGUGACUG